GCGCAGGCUGUCGCUCCGCGGAGCGCGCGCUCCUCCAGCACCCGCGAACAUGUCCUCGGCUCUGCCCUCCUCCAAAGCCUUCUACAUCGGGAUGGAGGUGGUGAUCGCCGUGUCGUCGGUCAUCGGUAACGUGAUGGUGGUGUGGGCCGUGCGGAUUAACCGCGCUCUCAGAGACACCACGUUUUGUUUCAUCGUGUCCCUGGCCUUGGCUGACAUUGCGGUUGGGGCUCUUGUCAUCCCCCUCGCCAUAACCAUCAGCAUCGGACUCCAGACGCACUUUUACAGCUGCCUGCUGGUCGCCUGCACCGUGCUCGUCCUCACGCAAAGUUCCAUCCUGGCGCUCCUGGCCAUCGCCAUCGACCGCUAUCUGAGAGUCAAAAUACCCAUGAGCUACAAGCGGGUGGUGACUCCCAGACGAGCUGGCACGGCCGUGUUACUGUGUUGGCUGGUGUCCAUCAUAGUUGGGCUCACGCCCAUGUUGGGUUGGAAUAACCUCCAGGUUCUCCGUGACAAUAAAUCCCUGCUCAGCGAUGAGCUCUUGGUGACCUGUGAGUUUGAGACGGUCAUCAGCAUGGACUACAUGGUCUACUUCAACUUCUUUGGCUGGGUGCUGCCCCCUCUGCUCCUCAUGCUGGCCAUCUAUGUGGAGAUUUUCUACAUGAUCCACAAGCAGCUCAACAAGAAGGUGUCGGCCAGCCACACGGACCCCAGCCGUUACUAUGGCAAGGAGCUGAAGUUAGCCAAGUCGCUGGCCCUUGUUCUUUUCCUCUUUGCAGUCAGCUGGCUCCCUCUCCACAUCCUCAACUGCAUCACCCUCUUUUGCCCCGCCUACGAAAAGCCAAUGUUCCUCAUUUACAUCGCCAUCCUCCUCACCCACGGAAACUCGGCCGUCAACCCCAUCGUGUACGCUUUCCGCAUCAAGAAAUUCCGCACGGCGUUUCGUAAAAUAUGGAAACUGUAUGUGCUUUGUCAGGAUCCCGUCGGUCGGCUCCCUCAAAGAGGGAGCCAGAGAGGACAGAGUCAUGAGAGGAGGCUGAAGCAGAAUGAUGAUGACGAUGAUGAUGUGUGACCAUUGGCAGCUAAUUGGAUCUCUGUGUGAGGUUUCACUGGUUCACAGAAUGAACAAGACUCGGGAUACAUUUUCAUGCUCGAGGGGUUACUGUUCAAAACGGCCAUAAUGGCAUCACAGGACUUCAGAGGAAUGAAAGCGAUGAGGGAAACUCCUUCUUGGACUCUGAGAGGACAUGAUGACAAAUCGCCAUGGAGAGAAGAUAAAUAUUUUAAAUCAGACUUUGAUUUGAACAAGACUGAUUAUUUAUUUCUACACCUAUUGACAAAAUGAAGAUGAUGUUGAAUUACAUUAGGGGCUUUUCAUCAGUUUCAACGUCAACCCAUUGAACUUCAAUCCGUAAGUGUAUAUUUGUAGCACAUCCGGUACUAGAGUGUAUGCUGGAUUGUAUUUCUUAUCCGAAUUUGAAUUAAAACUCAUGGCCUUACGGAUGUGAAUGGCGAUGCAUCGUAUUGUCUGUUACAUUUACAUGCUUAUUUCUGUGGCCUCUAGAAUAGAAAAUGUAAUGAAGAGGAACUAUUGUUUUAUUAGUGUUAAUCUGGUAAACGACUUAAGCAGGAUGUUGGUGCAACCGCUUUGUUGCUUUGAAAUGACUAAAUGCGGAAAUGUCUGUUUCAAAUAUUGUUUUUAGACUAUUUGACUGAAACAUCAUCUAUGCUUAAAGAAAAUGACAUGAUAUUCCUACUUAAAUAAAUGUCAACAUGAACAAUGGUAAAAAAAAAAA